CUGCAGCUGCGGCUCCGGUUUGGCCGAGGCUCAGGCUCCGGCUCCGGCUGUGGCUGCGGCUCCGGCCCCGGCCCCGGCCGGCUCAGUGCGCCCGGCGGCGGCCGCCCAUGGAGUGCUACUACAUCGUCAUCAGCUCCACGCGGCUCAGCAACGGGCACUUUCGCAACAUCAAGGGGGUCUUCCGGGGCCCGCUGAGCAGGACGGGGGGCCGGACUCUGGGUUACGCAGAGAAGGAGAACGCCAUCGCCAACGCGCUGGGGGACCUGAAGGCCAACUUCUACUGCGAGCUCUGCGACAAGCAGUACCACAAGCACCAGGAGUUCGACAACCACAUCAACUCCUACGACCACGCGCACAAGCAGAGGCUCAAGGAGCUGAAGCACAGGGAGUUUGCGCGGAACGUGGCCUCGAAAGGCAGGAAGGAUGAGCGGAAGCAGGCGAAGGCCCUGCAGCGCCUGCACAGGCUGGCCGAGCUGAGGAAGGAGGCCGCGCGAGCUCCGGGAAGCGGUCCCAUGUUCAAGUCCACGACGGUGACCGUGGGAGACGCUCGCCAUGGCGUCUCGAAGGGGGUGGCUGUGGAUUCAGUGCUUCGCCUGGAGGAUGCCAGGUGUCCUGUGAUGCCCGAUGAGGAGCCUGCGCCCGAGGGCAUGGCCAGGGCUGCAGACCCCGAAAGGGCACCUCCUUACGACGGGACCCCUCAGCGGGGGGAGCAGGCCCCGGGCGCCCACGGGCCCAGGACCGGCUUCUCCUUCGCGUUCCCCAAGAAGGUGUCCGUGCGGCUGGAGUGCUCGGCCCCGGCCUUCUCCGAGGGCAGCGGGGACGCCGCCCUGGCCCGGGGGCUGGGCAGGAGGAGCCGGUUCGUCCCCGGGCCCGGUCACCCUCGGCCGCCUUCCCCCGCAGAGGAGCUCCGGAUCCCCCAGGAGAAGGCUCCCUCGCUGUGUCCGCCCGAGGGGCCGUGCACCUGCAGGGACACGGCUCCAGGGCAGGAGACAGAAGGAGCCACUGGAGGAGAAGACACAGUUUCACUGCCUUCCUCCAGCCAGCCUCAGCUCCCGGUGUCUCCGGAGGCAGAUCCGUCUCCCCCCAAAGAGGCUGCUGGGAGGGAAGACACGUCGGAGAGCGGUGCCUGCUCCGAGGCGCCGGGAUGUUGGGGUGCAGCUCCCGGCGGGGCCAGCCCAGCGGAACGGGCGGAGGACGAGGAUGCCCCCGCCAUCGACGCUGAGACGGAAGCCCGUGGCCCGGAGAGGCCGGCCCUGUCCCUCUCCGAAGAGGGCGCUGUGACUGCACGUCGAACCCUGGCUUUCCCCAGAAGGCCCUGCGAGCCCUUCGUCCCCGUGCUCAACAAGGCCGGCUCCGCCGUGCUGCAGUGGCCGUCGGAAAUGCUGGUCUACACGGCGGCUCGGCCGCCCGUGUCCUACAGCUGCAACCCUCUCUGCUUUGACUUCAAGUCCACGAAAGUCAACCACCACCUGCAGAGAAGCAAGCCGCCCCUCCAUGGCCUUUGUUCCCAGCAGAAGGGGGGUGACACCUGCAGGAGGCAGGAGUGGGGGGUCCAGGGCAGCCCCACGGAUGAUGACGGAGGGGGAAGCAGACACAGAUCCGCCCCCGUCCCCCCUCUUCCGGCUGCAGAGUCUCUCUCCGGUAGUUGUGAUUCUGGAGAAAGUGAGAGCAUAGAUCAGAGGCAUAAACAUCGUUCCUGUAGGAGCAGAAAAGCAAAACGGUACCAUGUUAUCCAAAAGCAAAUAAAACGGAACAUUCACGAGGAAGGCCACAGAACCAGGUUGAAAGAUGUGCGGGAGCACCGGUCCCAUAAGAGCCGGAGGAAGAAGAGACGGAGGAAGGUCUGUCGCCACCAGCGAGGGAAGAAUGCCCAGGAGCCAGCAGCCCCCCGCAGGAUGGAGACGGAGAAGGGCUGCACUGGCACAACGAGGAAAGGCCCGGAACCGGUCUCCGAGCAGCGGGAUUCGGCUGGAGAGCCACCGCUGGACGCGCAUCCACCGCCUGACCAGGAGCCCGCCUCGGCGUGUCUGCUCUUGUGUGAAAACGGAGAAGCAGAAACGUGUAAACCGAGGAACGCCGAAGACAAUCACGGUGACAACGUCAGUUCUCACCACCCCUGUGCGGAGAGCUCCUCCGUUUCAGGUGGACAGGCCGGUCCCUCAGUGGCGCCCUCUGGGCCCCGUCGUGUGACGCCCUCCACCACGUCCUGCGGCUGCAGGGCCGCGGCGCCCCGCUGCGGUCAGGGUCACGGGCGCGUCUUUCUUCCAGAGGGCCCGGGCGGCGUGCCCCGGAGCCAGGCCGUCAAGCGGGGCUGCCAUUCUCUCGUCGGCGAGUCCGAGAGAUGCCAUCGCAAACGAAGACCCCGCUCCUCCUCGGGUGACAGUCUGACCCCGCAGUGUGCUCUCCCGGGAGGACCGGGGGCCCCACCCCGAGCGCCGGGGCCCUUCCCGCCCAGGAGGAGACGGAGGAGGAAAAGAGGCCGGUUCCGCCCCCGACACGGAGCCCUGGAGCUCGGGGAGCGGGCAGGCCGCCCCGGGAGAGCAGCUGUCUCCACGGGCCCCCCGGGCGGGUCCAUAAACACAGACAGCAGAGAGGAACUAGGCCCACAAGACGGGGCAAACGUGGACAGGAACUCAGAGCAAUCAGACCCGGUAAAGCCCACACCCACACCGACUCCCCACCCCAGCAGCCCCCUGCCUCCUGGCAGUGACAAGGGAGCUGAGCCUGGGGCCACCGUGGCCGCCUCUAGCUCAGGGCCCGGGGUUCCCAAUGAGCCCCGCUGUGUCCACGCAGAGGAAGUGAUGGCCGGCAGCCGGCGGAGGGGCCAGGACAGAAGCCAGACUGUGCUUAUCAGGGAAAAGCAGGUGCCUCCCAAGGUGCCCCCUAGGGACCAGACCUUCCAGCAGCCCCCACCCACGUCACUCCUGGGCCACCAGGAGCCGGCCGAGGCCCUCCCCCUGGGGAAGGCAGCCACGGCCGAGGCCUCCCCCGAGUGGCUGCGUCUCCCUGGAGGGAUCCUCCACGCUCACCCCCCGCUGCCCUUCAAAGAGGCACAGGCCAGCGGCCACACCGUGGUCACCGCGGAGCAGAUCCUGGCCCCGCUGUCUCUGCCCGAGCAGGCCUUGCUGAUCCCCAUGGACGCCCCAGACAAAUGCAAAGCUCUGCCCUGCGAGGUCUACCAGCACCUCCUCCCGCCGGGCCUGCUGGCCCACAAGGUCAAGCUCGCCUUCCCCGCUGCCACCCUGGCCCCGCCCGGCCUGCCCCUGCAGCCUCUGCCCCUGCAGCAGCCCCUACGCUCUACCUCUGUUACCACCAUCCACCACACCGUCCUGCACCACCAGACGGGGGCCCUCAAAGUGCUCCAGCCGCACCAGCAGUUCCUGUCCCAGGCCCCCCCUCUCGCCGGGACAUCCUUACCUCAGACUCCCCUCUCCAGGGGACCCCUGGGCGCCAGACUCUGUGCUGGGAGCCCGCCCACGUUAGUCCCGCCUCCUCCGAUGCCCAUCAUUUCAGCCUCGGUCCUUCAUCCCAGCCCCUUGGCCUUCUCCUCGCUGCCCCACGCCCUCUUCCCCUCCCUGCUGGCCCCCCACCCUGCAGUCAUCCCGCUGCAGCCCCUCUUCUAGUCACGCCCUCAGAGGGGGAGAGAGCAAUGAAAAUGGUGGCUGUGUGCACGGGUGCUCACCCAUGGAGGGGUGAUUGCCCCUUGAGAGUGGGGAGGAGGCAGCCACACCGUGCUUUUCCGAUAGGAUCGCCCUUACUGUAAGUCUAGGGAUGCACGUGGAAUCCUAAUUUCCGAUGUAGAACAUUAGUAUCAAGGCACUGAACCAUUUCAAAAUCAACACAACAUAUGCUGUAUACUAAGUCGAUGUCUUAAGAGUGUGUAUAAUGUACAUAACAUAUUUAUAGGACUGUAAUGUAUGUUGUAAAAUACGCUCUCUCUCUUUUUUUAAAUCUUUGUGGAUUUGCACCCCCUUAAUGUUUAGACAGAGCUGCUGGCACUAUGUUUUGUACACCACGUUCCUUGAAACUGUACAUGCAGUGAAAAAAUAUAUCUUGCAAUAAAAUUUUUGUUAAAAUAUUUAAGUAAAACAAACGUUUGUUUCUAGUUGGUUUUACCGUGUAGGGAACAUACAGUGACAGUUGGUUUCAGACGUAGACAGUAUCUUCUAUCCGUAGACAUCUCUGACUAUCGGAGUUCCGCAAAGUAUCUCUGGAUUUAUCAGUUCUUCAACUUCGACACCUUCUUUGUAGCAGAUCCACCUGCUUUUCUGUUUGUGCUAACGCUGUUAUACUCAAUUUUCUAAAUUUCCCAAACAACUGGCUCUCCAGACAACAAACCAUGGAAAUUCAUGUGAAGACAAUGUUGUGUCUGGAGAUAGAGUUAACCUAUGCAAAGUACAUAGUAUUCUUCCAGGAACUGUCAAACUAGUAGACAAUAAGUUCUUAGAACAUUUUUGUAUGUUAAAAUUCUCAAAUUUACUAUAUUUAUUUUCCACCGUUGCAGGGAAUAUACCAAUGUAAGGGUUUUAGGAUGGCUUAAGGAAUAGCGUUAAUUCAGAAGUCACUCUCCAUUCUGUAACAUCUGGGGAGGAAUGACCUCCACACGGUCUGUAUCGAGCUAGACCCUUCAUUGGGGAUCUGAGUGCAGGAAGGAGCAUCAAUAAAGAGUGUUUCCUUC